AUGUCAGCAGAGCUACUUGCACGACUUGAGGGUAGAAGUUCUCUGAAGAAUCUUGAACCAUAUCUGUUUGCUGAGGAAGGAUCUCCUGUUCAUGGAGAUGUCAUUGAAUUCCAUGGUCCAGAAGGAACAGGAAAAACAGAAAUGCUUUAUCACCUAGUAGCCCGCUGCAUCAUCCCAAAAUCAGGAGGAGGACUGGAAGUAGAAGUCAUGUUCAUUGAUACAGACUACCACUUUGAUAUGCUUCGUCUAGUCACCAUUCUGGAGAACAGACUGGCGCAGAGGACAGAAGAGAUGAUAAAGCAGUGCCUGGGGAGGCUUUUUCUUGUGAACUGCAAUAGCAGCACUCAGUUACUCCUCACUCUCCACUCUUUGGAAAACAUGUUUUGCGCUCACCCCUCUCUCUGCCUUUUGAUUUUAGAUAGCAUAUCAGCUUUUUAUUGGAUAGACAGAAGCAAUGGAGGAGAGAGUCUUAACUUGCAGGAGAUGAAUCUGAAGAAAUGUGCUAACUUUCUUGAAAAGCUUGUGAGAGAGCAUCACUUAGCCGUCUUCGCAACAACACAGACACUUAUGCAGAAAUCAACAAACUCUGCAGAAACCUUUUUUCCUUCAAAAUUUCAGCGUGAAACUGAUACAGACUAUAGGCCUUAUCUUUGUAAAUCAUGGCAACAAAUGGUAACCUACAGGAUAUUUUUCUCUAAGCAAUGUAAUUCCGGCAACAGCAAAGGUUUUACAGUCAUUUCUUGCCACCUCAAAAGAAACCAUGUAGUAAAACGUUCAUUUAGUGUUGCAGAAUGUGGAGUUCAGUUCUAACUUCAGUUUGGUUUUCAAACGUGUAGCAAAUCCUGGUGCUUAAGUCCUGAUAAGGUCCAAGGAGUUUUUAUUACCUUUUAAACUAGUUGGUUGUUGCUGUGUGAUUAUAAUUUUUGUCACCAUUUUCUUAAAAUUUAGUGAAGGGCAGGAGAUGGUAAAAUUUUUGAAUUACUGUAGACGUUCAGUCCAAACUAGUGGGGAAUGUUGAAAUUACUUGUUUGUGCUUAAUGCAUAAAGAGAUUAAAUCAA